AUGUCAUCGCUAAGCAAUGAUAUAGUGGUUGCAGAAAUAUUGAGGCGUGUGGAUGGAAUCUCCCUUGCAAAGGUGGGUUGUUCAUCUUGUGACUUUCGAUCCAUUGCAAGAGAAGAAUGGUUGUGGGAAAAUAUGUGCAACUCUCUUUGGCCGUCCACACAAAAGGAGGAAGUGAAGCAAUUGAUAUCUUCAUUGGGAGGUUUCAGAAAGUUUUAUGGAGAUUGUUUUCCCCUACUUAAAGAGCCUGAUGUUCUAGUUUCAGUUUCUCCCAGUGAUUUAUUGUCGCUUGUAGAUAUUCAGUAUGACAACAAAUCAGUAUAUUCAAAAGUCAUAGCUGCAAAUGAUAUGAUUGAUUAUGAUCAUUGGAGGUCUUCCAUCUACCCAUUCCAGGUAAACCUUCUUUGUGAUUCUGAUGACAUCUUUCCUUCGAUUGCAGCUGAUUUUAUUCAGAGUGAUGAAAAUUCUGAGAGCAAAACAUUGGUGAUGAACAUGAGGCUCAGCUGGAUCUGCAUUAGCACUAAAACAAAACAUGCUGUGAAUCUUUCCAGUUGGAGGCCUCUGCAAGCACAGAAGAACGAUUGGGGAUAUGAUAAUCAUUUCACAGUACGUUUUGGGUCCAUUCUCCCUGCUCCUUACACUCUUCCCUUGGAGUUAGCCGAGUGUAAUAUUGUUGUAAGGUGUAGAUUUACUGGUGGGUAUUUGGAGAACACGAAUUUGCAGAUAAGUGAAGUUAGUAUCCAAUUGGAAAACAUGAUGGGCAAUCGGAUGGAUCCUCUGCUUAGCCUACACAGAGCAGUGGAAUGGCGUAGGAGGAGUAUAGACCAUGAUAAGGUUAUGCAAGUCCUCCAUGAGUUGUUACAAAUACAGAAUGAUUAUUUGGUGGAAGAGAAGGUAUCAACAGGUCUAAUGAAUCCGCUUUACAUAAUGAUUUCAGUUGUUGCUGUAGCUCUGCCUUAUUAUUUCAUUUCAGCGUACUUGUAA